UAAAACAUAUUUCCCUGAUUAAAAAAAAAAAGAAAAAAAACUUGGCCAAUAUUCAGCUACGUUCUCUACUUCUUCUUCACUAUGAUCGAGCCGGCCAAGCGGCUCGUCCUGGAAAGGCCGGUCCAACUAAAGUUGCCCACCACGCAAAUCGAGCCUAGUUCAAGAUCUGAUAUAGAGGAGCAGCAGCCCCCGCCUACAACCGACUUGCAACCUGAUGAUGGUGAUGAUCCUCGUGAUCGAGUCCCCGUUGAUAACAAUAACAUGACGAACUUGCCGUUGCUGUCGACAGUCAUUGGACACCUUAUCCGCCUGUGGAAGGGGGUCAAGUCAAUUCAACCUGAGUUGCCCCCCGCCCAACGCGAGCGUAGUGCAGGAUUUGAUAUAGAGGGGCAGCAGAACCGGCCUACUGCCGAUCGACGACCUGGUGGUGGUGAUGAUCCUCAUGAUCGAGUCACCGUUGAUAACAAUAACACGACGAACUUGCAGUCGCUACCGGCGGUGAUUGGACCUUGUUUUACAGCCAUUAGCAUUGGCAUAGCCUUGCAAUAUUUUCAAACGCUUGCACCCGUACCUGCAACCUUCCCGUUGUCAUCCAUGGCUAUCCUGCUGAUGUUUUGUGCUUAUUGGGCAUCUAUUAACCUACAACGCCAUUACCCCAACGCAUCUAGUUUCAUGGGCGAAGUUUCAAUUUUCUUCGCCGUUAUUCCGGUUGUGUUGGUCUUCCCCGUUGACUACCGAGCCAAGCUGAUAUUUAUCGCCAUCUUUAUCUUUGGAGGGCUCGUCAUAAAAGUCCUUCCGCUCGAGAAUGGUAUAUAGGAGUGCUUUGAACAUCCAUCCACAGCCAAGAUUUGGCGGCAGGGUGGCGGAUUCAGAGAUAAAAGAGUCACGUUGUUUUACAGUAUAAAGUUUGUCUUUGAAAUGUAUAUUCUUUUUUAUUUUUUACUCCCUCUGUAUCAAUUUGUUUAUUAUGUUUCAGAAAUCCAACUUCAUAAAUAUAGUGAGUUAA